UAGUAUUCUGCGCAGCGGUCGUCCCCCUGGAGUUCUAAACAAUCUGGCAGCACAUGUGGCUCUCAUGUGUUGGUAUUCGGCAGGCGAUAGGGCAUCUCUUGCGCAAAUCGAUGCCGUCUUCGCAUCUUAUUACGAGUUCUGCACGACAGGGGACUUUCAGACGUUUAUUGGCAGGGCUAUCGCACGCAAGACCGUCACACCGGACCAAUUUGUAUACCACAGCAACGCCAAGCUACUCGCUGAUGACGUGGUCGACGGAGAGCUCGCCUGUCUCAUGAACAACUUGGGCUGGUUUUUUACGCAUCCACAAAUGAAGCGGUCUCGCGGUUUGGACGAUGAACACCCAUUGAACCUUCUCCGCGCUGCGCAGAGACAAAUCUGCAGUGGGGAUGAUACUUACUGCGAGUGGAACAUAAUCAGACACACAUUCUCAAUGAUAGGGUAAGUCACAAGAUUUUAGCUACGUACUAGCUAAUACUGGCUGCGUAUAGGGAUAUGAUGAUGAACGACAGGGAGAAAAAACCAACUGGCUCACGCGAGUUUCUUCAUAGCGCUGUUUUGGUCUUAGCUCGAGCUGUAAUUCCAGGUGCCAUGGAGACAGAUAAGCGGAAGCUAGGUGUGUACUAUGUCAUG